AUGUUUGGUACAACCUCUAACGUUUCGUCUCGAGUCCUAUGUGAAGAGACUCAAGCGCCCGAGAGCUUGCCCUUGCCAACUACGGUCAUUUCGAAAACCCCUCAAGUUUCUCUCAUCUCCCUGGACUAUAUCCUAUACAUAGAACUCAGCAAGCACUUUCAGUUGAGCCGGCGCCAGGGCCUGUCCCCCAUCAAAUGGGAAAAAAUCGUGCCGAGUCCUCGACCUCCUCCGAUGGAGGCCAACAUUGUGGCGCUAACCUGGCCGCAAUUCCAAAACAAAGCCAUCAUCCAUCUGGGCAAUCAGUGCGGGUAUCUCCGCACUUUCCUGUUCAAUAACCAUCACGCCGGGAACCUGGUUUGGCUCGGGUACAUCAAGGACCAUCGCGACUACGGUGUUGAUGUCCAAAUCGAUGGGGUGUUGGCUUUUCUCAACUUCUCUAAUGCGGCUUAUGACGCGUUCCCGGCCAGGGUGGCGGUCAAAAUUACUAUGGACAACCCGACUCAAAAAUUAUAUGAAGACGCCAUGAGAGCUCAUGUAAGAUCUAUUUCAUAG